GAACACGUGACUCUGUGACGCCCAAUCAGGGCCGAAGGAGGUAAAGAGAGGCGCGUGCUCGUGGCGGCCGGGCGGACAGUAGCGAAAUCACACAAACACGGUGAGCGGAGAUCAGCAAGAAAACCCGCGGAGAAGAUGUCUGAAGAUAAGCCCAAGGAGGGAGUGAAGACUGAGAACGAUCACAUCAACUUGAAGGUGGCUGGGCAGGAUGGAUCAGUGGUCCAGUUUAAAAUCAAAAGGCAUACACCCCUCAGCAAACUAAUGAAAGCAUACUGUGAAAGACAGGGGUUGUCAAUAAGACAGAUUAGGUUUAGGUUUGAUGGACAGCCAAUAAACGAGACAGACACGCCGGCACAGUUGGAGAUGGAGGAUGAGGACACUAUCGAUGUAUUUCAACAACAGACAGGCGGUUCUCGCUAAACCUAUUCGCGCAGCGAGCUCCCACUCGGCUGUUUUAUUUGACAUGUUUUCCUCUAAAUGCUCUCUUUAACUGUACUGUUCAUUUCCCUUCUUUGCCAGUUAUUUGAAAGUCCUCCCUAGUUUUCAUAGGGUGGGACCAGGUUUUUUGUUUUGAUUUUUUUUUUUUUUUCUUUUCAUUCCCCCUCCCACUUCACUCUUUCAGUAUGUAAUCAUGUCUGUGAGAUGACAAAUGUGGCUGCAGGCAAAACUAAGAUGGCUGCCCUGAGGUAUAGUUCAAAAUGGCCAUCUGAACUACUUGUUGCGUCUCUCAGUGUGUAAUACUGGCCAGAAAGUCGGGCCAUAGUUGCCUGUCCCGCCAUUCUUUCCAUUUUGAAAUAUAAAUGGUCUAUGCCCAUAUUGUCUAUAUUCUGCAGAAUGAGGAUCUUCCCCCUUCUGUGUCAUGCAGCUUUAAGUAUCUUUUAAGCCAGGAUCUAUUUUAUGUCUGUAAGCUGAAGAGAUGCCCACCCUGCAUUCUUUGUUUGUUUCUCCACAUUUAUUUUAAAAUGAACUGCCUCACUCAAGAAGUAACAAAGGGGGAUGGGAUUGAAGGGAACUUUCUUCCUCCCUCAGAGGAGAACCCUGGUCCGGUAGUGUAAUAAGUGGUGAGGAUCAGGAUACUGGACCAAACCCUGAAGAGAACUAAUGCAAAGUCCAGGUUUUUAUUACAAAUAUCUAUCAAGACCCUGUUUAUUCUCUUGAAUUUACAGAGAGGACAGAAAUUGACCAUUUUGAUUUUUAUAGUCCCAAUGUCUACUGCCUUGUUAAAGCUAAAGGGAAUUGCUGUCUCCAGAGAGGAAAGGUCUAAUUUAUCCUCCCCUCCCCCCAAAACUUGUUUCUCACCUCCUGCUGUGUGGUCCAGCAGACUGGUAUCUGUAAGGGUUGGGCUGAAUCAGCAUCCAUGUGUUCUCCAUCUUUCUGUACUGAUUUGUACAUUAUUUGUUGUCCUUUACUACUGUAUACAAUAAAUAUAGUUUGGUACUCAGA